GUGGAGCUGCAGCCGCAGAGCCACCCAGCAGUGAGGCGCCGGGAGGGUUAAUCUCUCUGGCAAGAGGCCUCCAAUGGGAAGCUGGAGGGGCGGAGCCGGGGUUGGCAGCGCGGCAGAAUUGAACGCAGACUGAACAGAAGAGUCCUGGAGCCCGUGUGAUAAGUGCCCGUGUUUUUCAAGAAAACAGAAAGAUGUCUUCAAUUUUGCAAAGUGUUAGCUGGAGGAGUCACAAUAUCUUGGAGAAUAUUGAUGAAUUAGAGAGUCCUCAACAAGACAAGUUCCGGAAAAUCUCCUCCUCAAGCUCCCUCAAUACACUGCGCAUGUCCCUACGGAAGAGGAUGCCCCUUAAGCAGGUUGAAAUCAACAUAAAUGCCACGCCUGACUGGGAUAGGGUGGGAAUGAAGGAGAAGCGGCGCCCCCUACAGUCCAUGACUAUUACAGCAAAGAACAUGUUUGGAGCAAUGUCGCAGAAAAUAAGGAAAACUGGGCAAAAGCCGAAUCAUUAUUUAUUGGCUUCUCCGGGUCGAAUGAAAAUCUCCACAAAGCAAAGUCGUACUCCCAGAAGUGGUAAAAAAACUUCCACGCCCAGAACACCGAGACGUUACCGGAUGGUUGAGGAUGCCAGCCCAAACACGUGUGUCACACCAAAGUCCAGAAACAGGACAUCUCGCUGUACCAGAAGGACCAGCUGGGAAUGGAGAAGCUUCUCUAACUCAGUAGGAAAAGAACGGGUGACCCUGAGGAGGUCUGUGAGAGCAGCUUCUCUAAACAGCCCAUACUCCUCGCCUGCCACUCUCAGCAGGAGAAGGCAAUUUGACAAAGACCUUGAAACGGUCUCCACAGGAAUCCGGCAGCUAAAACGCCUCUCUAGGGUAUUUGACGACGCCAUCUUAAAGGAAGAAAGAAAAGAAGCGAUUUUGAAUUAUCACAAUUUAAUGGCUAACAACCUACGUUGUGCCCGCCGUUCUCGGGUUUCUUGGAGAAGUACCAGGCGACUUCAGCAUACUCUUGAAGGCUGGACUGAGAUGGCUUUAACCAGUAUUGGCAACAUAGGUGCACGUUGACAUUAUGCUAUAUGCAGCUAGCACUGUGUUUGAUAUAUAUGUAUACUAACAACAGCACCGUCUGAAAGCUUGUGUGUCUUUUCAGUUACAGCAGAGGUGCAUUUGAGCAGGAUAUAAUGGGGGAACAAAUAACAUUCAGCUCUUGUUACCUGAUUGCUCUCUAAACUGCUAUAUUUGGAAUUUUGCGUUCUUGGUUUAAUGUAUAUGAGAAUGUAAGCAGCCGUUUUAUACACUCUGCAGCCUGUAUUUUGCUUUACUAUAUCGUUGUCUCAAAAAUAUUGAUUCAAUAGUGCCCUAUGCAGUUUUGAACAGAGUGAAUGUGAAAUAUAUAAACAAAAUGUCUGGGUCAAACUUUUCACCCCCAUAUUACAGGGUAUAUGGCUUUUCCAUAAUCCAGAGUAAGUGGUGGUGGACACAGAGUGAGGAUGCCAGCGUGAAGACCAUACCACACCUAGGGAUUUACUGUAUUUUACGAAGUGCUGAGUUUUAAAACCUGGUGCUUCCGAUUGUGCUUGUGUUUGAAAUUUAAAAGGCCGAUGAUUUUACUAGCAAAACAUGGCUAGUAAAAGCCCUUUUAUACUUUCUGGCAUAGACCCGAUUGGAAGCGCCUUGUUUAGAACCCAACAAUUAUUAAACAAACCCUUAAGUGUGUUAUCAAUAUUGAAAUAAUAAUGAGGUUGAAGUGCCUUAUUCCCAUUAGAGAUGACCCCAAAAUGUACUCAUUCCUGCAGUGCUGAUAUGAGAAUUCUAUAAAAUGUAUUUACUUAGUUGCAGUUUUGGACAAAAAGCAAGUGCGCUUUGACUAAAGCCGUAUUCAUUACAGAAUUAUGCCAUAAACUUGUCUACCUAAUAUUUUUAUAUUGUUAAACACUAGUAAUGAAGGAAAUACUUUGCACCUUUUUGUACUCUCUUCUAUUAUCAGUCUUUUAUAUGUAAUCUUUGUAUGUUUAUAACUAAAUAUAUUGUAUAUAAUAA